AUGGCACGUGCAAAAUUUGAGCGUAAAAAACCUCAUGUAAACAUUGGAACAAUUGGACAUGUAGACCACGGUAAAACAACUUUAACAGCUGCUAUAUCUGCAACGUUAGCUGCUGCAAGUGAUACAAAAGCAAAAAAGUUUGAUGAAAUUGAUGCUGCUCCUGAAGAAAAAGCAAGAGGCAUUACUAUUAACACUGCACAUGUAGAGUAUGAAACUGAAAACAGGCAUUAUGCUCAUGUAGACUGCCCAGGACAUGCUGAUUAUGUUAAAAAUAUGAUUACUGGUGCUGCACAAAUGGAUGGUGCUAUUUUAGUCGUUUCUGCUGCUGAUGGACCUAUGCCACAAACUAGAGAACAUAUUUUAUUAUCAAAACAAGUUGGUGUACCUAAUAUUGUUGUAUUUCUAAAUAAAGAAGAUCAGGUUGAUGAUGAUGAAUUAUUAGAAUUAGUAGAACUAGAAGUUCGUGAACUUUUAACACAAUACGAUUUUCCUGGUGAUGAUGUACCAUUUGUUGCUGGAUCAGCAUUAUUAGCUUUAAAUAAAGUAACUAAUGAAAAUAAUAUUAAAAGAGGUAAAGAUAAAUGGGUUGAUAAAAUUCAUUCUUUAAUGGAUUCUAUAGAUGAAUAUAUACCAACUCCUGUCAGAGAUACAGAAAAAACAUUUUUAAUGGCUGUAGAAGAUGUAUUUUCUAUUACUGGAAGAGGUACUGUAGCAACAGGUAGAAUUGAAAGAGGUAUAAUUAAAGUAGGAGAUACAAUCGAAAUUGUAGGCUUGAAAAAAACUACUACUACUACUAUUACAGGCCUAGAAAUGUUUCAAAAAACUUUAGAUGAGGGUAUGGCUGGAGACAAUAUCGGUAUUUUAUUAAGAGGUGUACAAAAAAAAGAUAUUGAAAGAGGUAUGGUACUAGCACAACCAGGAACUAUUACCCCACAUACUCUCUUUGAAGCACAAGUAUAUAUUUUAACAAAAGAAGAAGGUGGUCGACACACACCAUUUUUUUCUGGAUACCGGCCUCAGUUUUAUGUAAGAACAACAGAUGUUACUGGAACAAUUACACAAUUUACAGCAGAUGAUGGUUCAAAAGCAGAAAUGGUAAUGCCUGGAGAUCGUAUUAAAAUGAGUGCAGAAUUAAUUAACCCCAUUGCUAUAGAACAAGGAAUGAGAUUUGCUAUUCGUGAAGGAGGAAGAACUGUAGGGGCUGGUGUAGUUUCUAAAAUUUUAGCAUAA